CCGGCUCUUGCUGUCCUGCAACCUCUUGUCUUUCCGUCUGCUUCACUCGUUCUUUCAGCACCAUGGCACCCAUUACCCUCCCAGGCUACGGCGACAUCGAGCCUCUUUCUCCCGCCGCCGAGGCCCUCGUCAAGUCCGAGGACCCGGAGCAUCCCGCCAACCUCAUCCCCGAGCUCUGCCGCGAGUUCUACAAGCUCGGCUGGGUCACCGGUACCGGUGGCGGCAUCAGCAUGCGGCAGGGGCCCCUCGUCUACCUCGCGCCGUCCGGUGUGCAGAAGGAGCGCAUCCUGCCCGAACACAUGUUCGUGCUGCCCUUCGCGCAGAGCUCCGUCCCCAAGCCGGGAAGCAAGCGCGACUUCGUGCGCGUGCCUUCGAAGAAGGGUCUUUCCGAGUCGCAGUGCACGCCGCUGUUCUGGAACGCGUUCACGCAGCGCGACGCACAGAGCUGCAUCCACACGCACUCGCAGCAUGCUGUCAUGCUCACCCUGCUCCUCGGCAAGGGCGCCAAGUCGUUCCGCAUCUCGCACCAGGAGAUGAUCAAGGGCGUGCGCCUCGGUGGCGUUGGAAAGACGCUCGCGUACUUCAACACCCUCGAGGUGCCCAUCAUUGAGAAUACGGCGCGCGAAGAGGACCUUACUGAGUCAAUGGCUGAGGCCAUGACGACCUACCCCGACGCCGCGGCCAUCCUUGUGCGCCGGCACGGCGUGUAUGUGUGGGGGCCUACUUGGGAGUCGGCCAAGACUCAGGCCGAGUGCCUCGACUACCUCUUCGAGAUUGCCGUCAAGAUGCUCCUCGCAGGCAUGCCGCUCGAGGGUGACAACUAGACUGUACAUUUCUGCAUGGAUCAUUACACUUUGCCUGCACUGCGCCUACAUGCUCCAAAGCUAUCUCUAUGCUCAUCCUCUCUAGACUCUAUGUCAAUAUCACGU